UUGGCUGGCCUUUUUAUGGGAACCAUAUUUGGUGGCAUACACUGUACUGCUUGGUUUUAUACCUUCCCCACAUAUCAAGAACGGGUCCUAUGGCGCGUGAGCUCCAUCUACAUCACUUUCACACAGUGGUUUCAUUUACUGGCAUACCUCCUGUUCAUACCGAAGACUGAACAAAAGAAAACGCUGAGGCUUUCGUUUAUAGUAAUGUUUCCUGGGAUCGUACUGUACAUAGCAGCACGUGUCAUCAUCUUCACAGUUAUGGUUACUACUUUACGCAGUCUUCGUCCUGACGCAUUCGAGACGGUAUCGUGGGCGAAUUUGGUACCGCAUUUGUAG